AUGGUUUUCAUUUUAAUUCUGUUUUUUUGGCAAAGCAAAUUUUUAACUUAUAUAUUAAUAGUUAAAUAUAGUAUUUAUUCUAAUACAAAAAGCGUUAAAAAAAAGAGCCUGAGAACAGGACCAAAAAAAAGCGAAAAACGCCACCGAAAAAGAAAAAAAUUCAGAAGGAAAAAAAAGAAAACAAAAAACAGCAAUUCAUCCUUUUCAAGACUUUUUUCUUUUGUGAUAAGGAACAAAAAAAGCAAACCGAUGGAAGGGCCUAGCAAUUUCCAAAGGGACUAUAUCGGUAUUCCACCUGAAAGUCGGUUUAUAACUAUUAUUGAUCCUUUAUCAUUACCAGAUCGUGUCACCCCAAUCGUUAUCCAAUCCCCAAUACAUAAACUCGUGUUUAUCUCCUUCAACAACAACUAUCCAUUACCUCCCAUGGACGUUGUCAAUUCAAAUGUAUUGCAACAGGAAAACCAAAAUACAGCGUUUCAGACGAAUUAUGAAGAGAAUGAUAUCGGUAACCCAACACAACAAAUGGAAAUGGACGAUGCCGAUAAAACAGUACUUCAGUAUGAUGAUCAAAGCGACUGUAAUGUCGCAGCGGAGUUACAAAAAUCAUUGAACAAAGAAAAUGAAGAGAAAAAACCAAAAACGUUGAUUACGCCUCAACUUCAAGCACCAAAAACUAAGAAGAAGUAUGGAAAUUUAAAGAGGAAGUCACCAACGAAAAAAUUGGUGAGAGGGAUGCCAAGUCUUGUGAAAGGAGUUUCAACGGAACAACUCUUUCCUGAUUUGUCGAGUGAAGUGGAACAUCAAAAAAAGAUUAAAAUGCCGAUAUCACCAAUUCCUCAAGUCACCCCCAGUACAAAUACAAAGAAUGAAAAACUCAGUCCGCUGCGGAGGAAAUCAGACGAGAAAGAAACUCAACCGGAAAUUAUUACUAAUAUUAACACCGAGACAACACCGUUUAAUGGAGACGCGUUGGACAAACAAAUCACUAAAGUGAAGAAACAACAUGUAUCAACCCCUCUCACACAAACAAAAUCAAUGCACUUCCUUAAAGACUUGGCAAUCAAAGAAAAGGAGAAGGUAGAAAUACAAGAUAAUGAUUAUCCAAUCACUGAUUAUAAAUCUGAUGGUUCGGAAGAGGACGACCAAGAUAAGAGGAGGUCCGAUAAAACAAAUCAAAGACAAAAAUGGGUCGAACAUGGCAACUUGACGCCAAUCAUGAAUCAAAACGCUCGUGUAGAUCCUGUUAAUGUGUUUGGCGUUUCUCCUCUCUCAGCAAUUAGUUUGAUGCGGUUCGUUCCAAAAGAACAGCGCGUGAAGGCAGACUCAAGAAAUAAAUCACUUGCUUGGGAUGACUCGAAAUUCAUUAAAAAACACUGA